AUGAGCACACGCGUCACCAGAGCCGAAGCACGCAGGAGGAUGGCGGCCCUCCAGGAACCUCGCCCGGGGCAAGGAUGGUCGGAGACCCGGCCUACCCGAGCUCCGCGGCGGGCCCUGGAGCGGACCCGAGACGAGGACUCCGCACCGGAACCCGCGGUGAGCUCCGACAGCGACGUGGAGGUGAUCGGCGAUCCCGCCGUCGAGGAGAAAGAGUGGCGACUCCGGAAGGCGGCGGCGGGCGGUCGGAUACCGCGCGGGACGACGGACGUCGGAGGAGCAGAACUCCCGAGGAGCCACUCGGAGGAGGUCUGUCGGGCCACCGAGGAGACUCGGAAGCGGUUCCGAGACCGGGAGCCGUCGGACGAGGAGCAGCAACGAGGCGGAGGAAGAGGAGCGACGGCUGUGGGAGGCACCGGCGGAGGAUUCGUGGGAGGUGCCACUCACCACUCACGCGGCCGAGGAGCCCAGCCCGAGGAGCGAGGAUGGGGACGAGCCAUGCGCGCCAUCCCCUCCGCGGUGGUUGCCCGAGAUACCACCCACUCCCCGCUACAAGGGGGAGUGGCUCACAGACGACGCUCGAAACGGCGACGGAGGAGCACCGUUGGCCACGCCGCCGUGGAGGCCGGCCCGGCCACCCACGCCGCGAUACGCGGAGCCACGACGACCGGAGGAGUAGACGCCAAGCGAGGAGUCGACCGCGCAGCCGAUGCCGCAACCGCAGGAGGAGGAAGUCCACCAGGCAAGGGCGGAGGAGCCGUCGGUGGUGCGGACGGAGGUGCCGGCCGCUCACGUGAGCCACAGCACACGGGCGUUCGAGGCCGAGGGCAUGCGGUGGCGGCAGCAGACGGUGACAUGGACGUGGCCCGAGGGGCCCGCGACAGGACCGACGAAGGAGGUGCCCAGGAUAUGGGAGGAGGGGGUACCCAAGUUGAACCCUCGGGACCCCCGGACGAGAAGCCGACAGGAUGCGAUGGUCCCGCCGACACCAAGCACGGGCCGGCCAACACCGGCGACGACGGCAGCGACGGGGGAGUCGGAGUCGCUGGAGAAGGGACCGUGGGACCGCCCGAGCCACCGGCCAUCCAAAGACCGACGUUGCAGCGUCAAUAUUCGAACCCCGGAUCGACGCGCCCGCGGCCGCAGUUCAUGCGGCAAGUUUCGGAACCGGAAGAAAUAUCGGCCAAGAACACCGACAUGAGCACACGCGUCACCAGAGCCGAAGCACGCAGGAGGAUGGCGGCCCUCCAGGAACCUCGCCCGGGGCAAGGAUGGUCGGAGACCCGGCCUACCCGAGCUCCGCGGCGGGCCCUGGAGCGGACCCGAGACGAGGACUCCGCACCGGAACCCGCGGUGAGCUCCGACAGCGACGUGGAGGUGAUCGGCGAUCCCGCCGUCGAGGAGAAAGAGUGGCGACUCCGGAAGGCGGCGGCGGGCGGUCGGAUACCGCGCGGGACGACGGACGUCGGAGGAGCAGAACUCCCGAGGAGCCACUCGGAGGAGGUCUGUCGGGCCACCGAGGAGACUCGGAAGCGGUUCCGAGACCGGGAGCCGUCGGACGAGGAGCAGCAACGACGACGCUCGAAACGGCGACGGAGGAGCACCGUUGGCCACGCCGCCGUGGAGGCCGGCCCGGCCACCCACGCCGCGAUACGCGGAGCCACGACGACCGGAGGAGUAGACGCCAAGCGAGGAGUCGACCGCGCAGCCGAUGCCGCAACCGCAGGAGGAGGAAGUCCACCAGGCAAGGGCGGAGGAGCCGUCGGUGGUGCGGACGGAGGUGCCGGCCGCUCACGUGAGCCACAGCACACGGGCGUUCGAGGCCGAGGGCAUGCGGUGGCGGCAGCAGACGGUGACAUGGACGUGGCCCGAGGGGCCCGCGACAGGACCGACGAAGGAGGUGCCCAGGAUAUGGGAGGAGGGGGUACCCAAGUUGAACCCUCGGGACCCCCGGACGAGAAGCCGACAGGAUGCGUGGGUUCCGCCGACACCAAGCACGGGCCCGCCAACACCGGCGACGACGGCAGCGACGGGGGAGUCGGAGUCGCUGGAGAAGGGACCGUGGGUGUGGCCCGAGCCACCGGCCAUCCAAAGACCGACGUUGCAGCGUCAAGUUUCGAACCCCGGAUCGACGCGCCCGCGGCCGCAGUUCAUGCGGCAAGUUUCGGCCCCGGAAGAAGGCGGUUGGCGCAAGGUCGCCAGGAGCGAGUGGCCGGUGGGAAUUGA